GUUUUGGAGGAAGUUAAAGCAGAUCCCGAAACAGAAAGAGAGAGAAAAAGACCCGUCAUUUAACAGGGGGGAGGGGGGCAAUAACGAUUGCAGCACCCGUAUCGGUAUCCCCGAUUCCGGAUUAGUUAACUCAUACACUAGCCUAAGCGACCCAGUGUUCCGCUGGCGACAGGGGCUGAAGUUAUUGUUUGUUUUCUUCAUAAACAUCAGGCUUGUGUAAGGGCACGGUAGCAAUUUAGCUCACAGGCUACACCACAGCACUAAUACAGACUCAUAUUUACUAGAUCUCCAGCUUCAGGUGAGUUGUAAACCAGCUGUGACACUAUGACAUCAAGGAAGAAAGUUCUUCUGAAGGUGAUCAUUCUUGGAGACUCUGGGGUUGGGAAGACAUCUCUGAUGAACCAGUAUGUGAAUAAGAAGUUCAGUAAUCAGUACAAAGCUACUAUAGGAGCAGAUUUCCUGACAAAAGAAGUGAUGGUUGAUGACCGACUUGUCACAAUGCAGAUAUGGGACACAGCAGGUCAAGAGCGGUUCCAGUCUCUGGGUGUUGCUUUCUACCGCGGUGCCGACUGCUGUGUGCUGGUGUUCGACGUCACUGCCCCAAACACCUUCAAGACACUGGACAGCUGGAGGGACGAGUUUCUCAUCCAGGCCAGCCCGCGUGACCCAGAGAACUUCCCCUUUGUGGUGCUGGGCAACAAAAUCGAUCUGGAGAAUAGGCAGGUAACAACCAAGCGGGCACAGGCUUGGUGUCAAAGUAAGAACAACAUCCCGUAUUUUGAGACCAGUGCAAAGGAGGCCAUCAACGUAGAGCAGGCUUUCCAGACCAUCGCGCGCAAUGCACUCAAACAGGAAACCGAAGUGGAGUUAUACAAUGAGUUCCCUGAGCCAAUUAAACUAGACCGGAACGAUAGAGCCAAGCCAUCAGCAGAGACUUGCAGCUGCUGAGGACCUCCAGGGGGCGCAACAUUUCACCCUCAGCCUCUCUGGCCUCGUCUCUGCCUCACUCUCUCUCUCUCUCUUGCAUUCUUUCUUUCACCCCUGUUCUCCUUUAUCUCCUUCCCUCCCCCUUACUCGAUAUAAUCACCGGCCUUUGUAGAUGAGCAGACUUCCUCCCAUUCAGUAUCCUUCACAGUUCUCAUUCAGAGCCUUUGACACAAACACACACCCACAUAUGCUCAAGAGGCUCAAUCUGACACCCGUUUUCGUACACGAAUCCCGACACCUCGCACCGGUUCUGCAGAGCUGUCGCCUCGCCCACGUAAAAAGUCCUACUGAAACUCUUCACAACACUUGAAUGGCUCUUGAGACUUUUUUAUGAUCCAGUCCCGCAGUGCAAUUGGAAUACGUUUGACGUGAACGCUGAAAGAUGGGGGGUGUAUCAGAGCCGUGCGUUGGCACCAUAACUACCCACCAUGUUCAACAGCUUCAUCAAUGUGCUUGAAUUAAUAAGGCGGCCUGGCGUAAAGCAUGCUACAUUUGCAUCUUAAAGUCGUGAACCU